AUGGAAGACCUUGAUGCGUAUCGUGCCGCAUGUGCCAACCGUAUUCGUCGUCUAGAAAGAUACAAGAAAGCGAGAAGCUUCUGUAGUCUGGAAACAGAUGAGCCGACGUCUUCAUCUCCAUCUCUGAGUCCGAAUUCUGAUACUGAUGGAUCUUCCACUUUCGAUAUGAUCCGCGAGAAGAUGUUCUCUUUGAUGGAGAACGACAUGACGCUGCUGAAGCAACUCCUUCAACUCGGCGAUCAAAUCAGCGAGAUUAAAAAAGAACGAUUGAGAAGGACAAUGUCACAAAACAGCUUGGAAUAUGAUGAAGAAGAUGAAAAAGAGGACAAGUUCGAUUCUGACCAGCAUGGAUUCUCCGCCUCAAUGAGUGCUGUCACCAAUUUGUACGUGGAUGACGAGCGACCACAAUUCUUCUCCCGUCAGAAUUCAGUUCUCCGUAUUCCGAUUCCACCAAGAAGUAGUAAUCGAUUUGGACCGAGACGAGUCAUCAGAAGACCAUCGGAUAUUCUGCCACGUCAACAAUCGAAUAACAUCAGAACUCUCCACGUGAACAGUGAUGACUCGGAUUGUAGUUCUUCUGGAAGCAAGACUCAUUCUCCAAGUAGUUCAGUUUCCAAUGCGUCCACACUUAUUCUUCCAUCAAAAACUACAAAGAAUCGAUCCUCAAACUCGUCAAUCGAUUCUGGAAUUCGUGAUGAAUCAAUGACUCCUUCACCAACAUUUGAGAGUGUAGUAAUCUGA